GGUGUUUAGAGACACAGGCAUAUUUGAAUAUGAUAUAUUAUCAAAUAAAGUAAUCAAGUGAAAAUAAAACAUAGUAGUAAGAUAGAAAGUGGAACAUUUUUAUUUUCUUUUCAGUUUUUGUUUCAUAUCUUACCGGCGAUCCGUUCUCUCCUCCCGGCGCUCUCGAUCGACAGGUCUCUCUUCUGUUUUUGUAUUUUGUAUUGAUGUGUUGGAAUGAAGCAUCAGUUUUAUGACGAUCAACCCAAAUUCCGAGUUUGAGAAAUCUAGUAAAACUCUACGUGCAAUUGAAGCAGUUCCCACAUUUUGCCCUGUUCACGUCGAGUUUUGAGUUUCCUAACUAUCAACAUAUACGUAUCCCAUUGUGUGUAGUGUCUCCAAAUCAUUGUUAUGUCUUGAUUGGAAUUCAUAACCCGGUUUUAUCUUUACGAUUGUUUUUUUGAAAAUAAAAUAAAAUCGUGAGCGUUGGUGAUCAUGUUUCCUGGAUUUCAUUUGCUUACAAUGUGUUUGAUGAAAUAACGUUUUGAUUGCAAAGUUCCCAAAAUGAACGAAAAAAUGAGCUUAAACUUGGGAGAAGUUGAUCCUCCGUCUCCGACGCCAUACUCCACACCAUUUGAGUCACCGGAGAGCGGCAGCGCAGCUCGUCCCAGUGCUGCUCGGAUCGCAGAAGUGAAGAUGUGGCUGGCCUCCCAGUUUCACGAGGUCGGGAAGCACGUGCCCGAUUUCGACUACACCCCUCAGAGCAUUUCUUACCUCCACAACGUUGUGACUCUGUCCCAAGCUCAAACUGAGGCUGCCACCAUUGUCUUGAACGACUUCCAUCACAAGUCUGCAGAAUACCGUGCUCAAGCUGCAAGAAUGAGAGAGGUUUUGGAGAAGAUGGGGUUGGCAAAGGAGAGUUUGCCACCAAAAUUGGUGGCAUCUGCACAUGUUCUUGCUAAUGUUGCAAAUCUGUUGGAUAUUAGGGAUACAGAGCUAAGUAGUUUUCUUGUAGCUGCAUUUGAUCUAUCUCAGAGGAAAGCUGAAGCUGUAGAGAAGAGGGCUCAAGCACAGCAAGAGUCCAGACAGCUUCUUGAUUUCACUCGAAAGGCACUAGCCCGAUUGGCAUAUCUGAAACGAACAAUGACACAGCUCGAGAAUGACAUAGCGCCUUCUGAAGCUGAAACGGAGCACUGGAAAACGAACAUGGCGAUUUUGGACAAGAAGGAGACACAGUAUCUGCUGGAGUAUUCUAACUACAAGAAAAUGCUCGAUCGCCUUAGCUACAGCCCUGAGAUCAGGCAUGGAGUCUUAGUGGAAAUGGCGGAUCACAGAAAGGAGCUGCAGAAGAAAACGAAACCAAUCCUUGAAUCUCUGAGAAGCUACCACGAUUUGCCUCCUGACAGAGCCCUUGCUGCGUUGGCUAUUGAAGAGAAGAAGAGGCAAUUUGCUGCUGCUGAGAAGUACCUUGAAGAUGUGUUGCAGUCUGCUAUUCCUGAGUGACAUCUCUACAUUAUAUAUACAUUUUACUCGACCUAAAACGCUUUUGGUUCGUGUACACUUUUCGUAUACACGCUUUUAUAGAACAUCUGUCAAGUUAUUACUCUUAUUGAUUAUCAGAAUCUUGGAUAA